AUGUCCACAAAGCUAGAUCAGCUUACACAGGAUCAGAGCCUGGCACUGAACCUUCAAGACACAGAAACCUACAUCCACCCCGCCCUAAUUCAAACGGACCUCUCCCCAAAAGGCCGCGCGCUGGUCGUGAUAGCCCCAGUCCCCGCAGGAACAGUGCUAAUCGCCGACACACCGUACGCCGUAGUCCCAACAGUUCCACCCGAUAGGAAGGACGAGGGAGUUAUCUGCAGUAAUCUUCUCUGCCGGGCUCGAGUCCCUCGAAGCGGAAAUGCAGCUCACUGUCCCAGGGCCUGCAUGCUCGACGUCCUCUGGUGCAACACGCACUGCCGGGAUAUGGAUCAAGCAAGACACAACUUUGAGUGCUCCUGGUUGAAGAGAUAUGGAGAUGAAAUCCGGCGGAAGACAGGACAAGACGAUUUGGUGCUCUUGUGGAUUGUUGUGAGGAUGCUGGCUGCAGGGUUUCUUGAGCAGAAUACUACCGCUGAAGUCAACCAUGCGCAAAAAGGUGGAGCGAAAGGCUCCAGCUUCCCCUGGGAAGACCGCUUUGAGCGCCACUGGAUGGCUAUUGAGAGCAUGCGGAGUAAUCGCGAGCACUGGCCGCGGACAAAGAUCGAGCACUGGCGAUACCUAGUCAAAGAGUAUCUUAGUGACAAUCAGCUCCUGCCGGGCCUGCUCGACUCAGAUGAUAUGUUGACUCUCAUAUGCAAGGCCAUGGUCAACACCUACGAUCUCUACGACGCCCCUACCGGACCUGCCGAGACCCAGCGGAAACAGGGGCCGGCGUAUGGACUGGGUGUCUACCUGCGAGCUACGUGGGUGAAUCAUUCCUGUCUGCCCAAUGUGCGCCCUCUUUCCUAA